GUCGGGGUCGCCCACGGCCUCGGCCUCUCACAGCUGCCCGGCCGAGGGGGCAGGACCUCGGUCCCAAGCCCAAGAGGAAACCUCUGAGGAGAAUCCCAUUUGGCGAUAGCCCCACUACCGUGUGUCAGAUGAAGGCUGUGGAGGGUGACCUGGCGCCAUGGCGUCCCAGGACUGGAUUACGAAUUAGCUCACCUGUCGUCGUGUCAGUGACUGAGAUUCGGGCCUCCUCCAGCAGCCGGCCUAACCUGCUGGUCCCGUGGCGUCUCUCCCACAUUUUCUGACGCUCCUGGCUGCAGACCUUCCCGCUCCUCUGCUGGCUGUGCACAAGAUGAAGAAAGUGAGAACCAGAGAGGAGAUCCCUGGGGAUCCCAGUGACCUCCAGCAGGUGUCAUGGUGGCGUUGAUGAAUGUGCAUUAUGGUUAGUGGAGGCCACAAUGCAAGGGCCCUCUGGCUUCCCCAGGGAGGCGGAUAUCCUAGACGGGUACAGGUUCCUGGGCUUCAUUGGCCAUGGCAGCUUCAGCGAGGUGAGGCUUGCUUGCCACCUGGGCACAGGGACCGAAGUGGCUGUGAAGAUUGUCCGUAGAGACCCGGGGGACACCUCCAGCUUGCAGAGACUGCUGGCCGAAGUGGAUAUCAUGAAGGACAUGUGCCACCCCAACAUCCUGCAGCUGCUGGAGGUGAGGCACUCGGCGGCCUGCUCGUACCUAGUACUGGAGUAUGCAAGCAGGGGGGAGCUCCGGCGCUACGUGGCGGAGCGCGGCCACCUGUGGGAGGAGGAGGCCUGUUUCCUGUUCUGCCAGACCCUGUCGGCCGUGCACUACUGCCACCGGCACAGUGUGGUGCACAGGGACCUGAAGCUGGGCAACCUGCUGCUGGAUGCCAACCUGCACAUCAAGCUUGCUGACUUCGGCCUCAGCUGCCGAAUCACUGAGGGCCAACAGCUGGACACGUUUUGCGGGACACCCCAGUACUGUGCCCCGGAAAUGUUCCUGCACAAAAGCUACGAUGGCUUCAAGGCUGACGUUUGGAGCCUAGGGGUGAUCCUGUACACAAUGCUGAUGGGGUCGCUGCCCUUUCAUGGCAAGAACCAGCAGGAGCUGGGGGCCUGUGUGCUGCGUGGGCGGUACCUGCUUCCAGGCCACAUCAGUUCCGCGCUUCAAGAACUCUUGAGAAAACUACUGAGCUUGAACCCCAAUGAGAGGCCCACAGUGCAAGAAAUCAGGGGCCACUGGUGGCUUGGCUGGGGUGCAGAAGAGCCUGAAAUAACUGAUGUGGAACCCCUGAGCUCUGCCCAGGACCCUGAAACCCAGGAAGACCUGGCGGGCCUGGACUUGGAUCCAGGGUACGGAGAAGAGGCCCUGUCUGGCAGCCACUGUGAUGCCACCUUGUACACCACACUGCUCUCCCAGAAGGACUACCCCCGGGUGAAGCCCACACCUCUGGCUGAACUCUCCUCUGCCAGCAUUGAUGUGUGCAGCCCCCAUGUGCUCCAGCCCCAGGGGAAGACCCCUGUUAGCCUGCGCCCCUCCUCCCAGCCCCCACUGUCCCAGGGCAACCAAGAGGGGAAGCUGCAGGCCUAUAGCAGAGCCCCCAUACCUGACCCUGCCCAGUGUGGCCAGCUGCAGCUUCUGAGCCCUGGACCAGGCCCUGGGGCUGCCCCCUGUGCCCUGAGCCCUAGGAGCCCUGAGGGCCACUUGGCAGAAGGGGGCCACCCCCAGGGAGUGGCAGAGCAAGAAGCUGUCCCAAGGGAGCAGCCAGGGCUGGAGGCUGGAACACCAGCCCCUGCCGGAGAUGGGAGCCAAGCCCACCGGAGUGUGGGCAGGAGGCUGGUUGAGUUCCUCCUGCGGGUGUGUUGCAUUCUACCAACCUCAGAGGCAGGCCCUGGGACCCCCAAGGGAAAAGGGGCUCCCCGGUAGCCUCCUGCAGGAGUAUCCUCAGGAGAGGGUCCCUCCCAGCACAGCGGCCUGAAGGAUGUUCCCUUCAGCCUUUGUGAAUGAUUGCCAUGAAUAAAAAUCCUAA